UUCGUUUUGGGAUCAAAAUUGGUAAUCAAAAAAAUUUCAAAUAUUGUAUAUAGAAGUUCGCUUGUUUUUAUAUGAGAACAUUUUCGUAAUGAUACCGGCACGCUGUUUGACCACAUGUGACGACGAUGAAGAAGACAACUCGAGGGUGGCCCUCAUACUGGGCGACAAGCCAGUUUGCGGUGUUAAGGCCCUGCUGAUGGCCCCAAAGAUCAAGCUGAGCAGCGGCUACGAAAUGCCCGUGCUGGGAUUUGGAACCUAUAAGAUGAAAGGCUAUCAAUGCGUGACUGCAAUCCACUGCGCUGUGGAGACAGGCUUUAGACACUUCGACACGGCGUUUUGCUAUGGAAACGAAAAGGAGGUGGGCGAGGCGAUUCGAACGCAAAUACAAAUGGGGAAUGUAUCUAGGGAGAACAUAUUUCUCACUACCAAGCUCUGGAAUACGCACCAUGACCCGCGAGACGUGCGCCGCAUAUGCGAAAAGCAGCUGGAAGCCCUCGGCUUUGAUUAUAUCGACCUGUAUCUUAUGCACUUUCCAGUGGGCUAUAAGCACAUGUGUGAUGAGAUUCUUCAGCCAAUGGACGGCAAUAAAGUUCAAACGAGCGAAAUCGAUUACAUUGAUACCUGGCAUGCCAUGGAGGAGCUUGUCAAGCUAGGAAUGGUGCGCAGCAUUGGUGUCUCAAACUUUAAUAUGGAGCAGGUGCAACGCAUCAUACAGUGUAGCUCAUCAAAGCCGGUUGUGAAUCAGGUGGAGAUUUGGCCAGGCUUCAUGCAAAAGGAUCUGGUCGACUACUGCCGCUACAACGGCAUCGUUGUUACGGCCUAUGCGCCGCUUGGUCAGCCGGACCGUGAGAUGCACUCUCCAAUUUACUUCUUCUCCGAGGGAAUGAGACGUCUCGUGAAGAAGUACAAGCGUACUGCGGCACAAAUAGUGCUCCGCUACUUGGUUGACUAUGGUGUUGUUCCCAUACCCAAAGCUGGCAAUCCUCUACACAUUAAGCAGAAUCUAAACAUAUUUGAUUUCCAGCUAAACGAAGCAGAUACGCGCGCUUUGCGAGGCAUUAAGCCUAAGGACCGGUUAGUUAAAUUUGAUGAAGUCAAGGACCAUACUUUCUAUCCGUUCGAGAGAGAGGAGGAGCGAGAUCAACAGCCUGAAGAGUUUGAGCAGGAGGAAAUACUCCCAAAGAGGGUAACGAUACUGCCCGCAGAGCCCGCUGAGGGUGAAGAAGCUGAACCACCGGUUGAGUAGAUACAUGAAUGGGACAAGCAACAAACUGCAAUCACAUGUUCAUCUAAAAAUUUAUUGUGCAAGAUAAAAGUGGUGUCAAGAAGCGGAUGAAUGAAUCAUUUUUGUAGUGUAUGCA